AUGUUCUCCUCGGCGCUGAAAUCCCUGAGUUCGAACAUCUCGGCGAACUACCAGAUCUCUCCCCAUGCCACCGUGGUUUCCGGACCCUGGAAGAUUCAUGACGGGAAGAAAAAGUCCACGGGUACCACAGCAUCAAUCUUUAUCUUUGACAAGAAAACGCUUGACUUGCGGUCUAGUGGCCUGGGGAAGAGCUCCAGCUCCUCCACAAAGAAACUGCAGGAGGAUGUUGUUGAGCGCCUGAAGCGGGAAGCUGGCAAUCUGGCCCGACUCAGACAUCCCUCUGUGCUUCAAGUUUUGGAACCCGUAGAAGAAACUCGCAAUGGUGGGCUCAUGUUUGCUACCGAACAAAUCACCGCUUCUCUCGCAGGACUUCUGCAGGACAAAGACAUUCAAGAGAGCUCUUCACGAGACGCUGCCAGGUCGACGCGCUACAUGGUAGAAGAGCCCGAUGGAACGCGGAGAUGCAGAGACCUCGAAAUCGAUGAGCUUGAGGUGCAAAAGGGGCUACUGCAGGUGGCCAAAGGCCUGGAGUUCCUGCACGAGUCGGCUGGCCUCGUUCACGGGAACCUAAACCCCGAGGCCAUCUAUAUCAAUGCCAAAUCCGACUGGAAAAUCUCCGGCCUUGGCUUCGCGGGUCCUCACGACUCUUCGGAGACUCGCUCUUCGCUGCCGCCGCUCGCGCUGUCGGAAGUCCUCUACCAAGAUCCCCGUCUCCCGGCGUCAGUUCAACUCAACCUGGAUUACACGUCUCCGGACUUUGUACUGGACUCCAAUGUGACCCCGGCUGCUGACCUGUUCUCCCUGGGACUUAUCAUCAUCGCUCUCUAUAAUUCGCCUCAUACGUCCCCGCUGCAAACCCACUCCAAUGCAUCUACGUACAAGAAAUUGCUCAACUCACCAUCGACCACUCCGUCACAGGGCAAUAAUUUCCUCAGCUCCGGUGUUAUCCCGAAAGAUCUUCUUGCCCACGUGCUGCCCAGACUGAUUACCAGACGCCCAGCACAGCGUCUGAAUGUGCGAGAAUUCCAGCAGUCUCAAUAUUUUGAUAACAUCCUGGUAUCAACGAUACGCUUCUUGGAGUCGUUGCCCGCGAAGAAUCCCAACGAGAAGUCACAGUUUAUGCGUGGGCUACAGCGAGUACUACCCGAGUUCCCAGUGUCAGUUCUGGAGAGAAAGGUUCUUGGUGCACUCCUGGAAGAGAUGAAAGACCGGGAGCUGUUGUCUCUCAUUUUGCAGAAUGUAUUCGGCAUCCUCAAGCGCAUCCCUAAUGCACGACGAAUACUCCCGGAGAAGGUGGUACCUCGACUCAAGGAGGUGUUUCCAACCGGCAAAUCUAGCAACGACCGUGAUUCAAAAAGAGAUGCGGGUCUUAUGGCCGUGCUCGAUAAUAUGAAGGUCCUGGCGGAGAACUGCUCCGGCAAAGAUUUCAAAGAAGACAUCCUUCCCUUGGUGCGGCUGGGUUUGGACUCGCCUACUCAUUCUUUGGCGGAUGGUGCAAUCCGAUGCCUUCCUGUCAUUCUGCCUACCCUGGACUUCAGCACGGUGAAGAACGAGGUGUUUCCACCGAUUUCUGCGACAUUCAGCCGUACAAGCAGCCUUGCCAUCAAGGUUCGCUGCUUGGAUGCAUUUGCUGUGCUUUGCGGGGGCUCUGUGAAUGAGGAGGUAACGAUAGAGGAUGAUUUGUCAGGCAUGGCCCAGAAGGACAAAUCGAUCAAGUCUUCCAUUUUGGACAAGUACACCAUUCAGGAAAAGCUCAUGCCGUCGUUGAAGGCAAUCAAGACGAAAGAGCCGGCUGUCAUGAUGGCCGCCUUGAACGUGUUCCGUCAGGUCGGCACGAUUGCGGACACUGAUUUCCUGGCAUUGGAAGUUCUUCCGGUUCUGUGGAGCUUCAGCCUGGGACCUCUCCUGGACCUGCGCCAGUUUGGGGGUUUCAUGGCUUUGAUUAAGACCAUUUCCUCGAAAAUCGAGCGCGAGCAGACAAAGAAACUGCAGGAGCUCUCUUCCGGAGGGGGCUCAGGCGGAUUCCAAAACGGUGCCGACAGCUCUUCGAAAGCUUCCCAUCAUAUGCAGGUCGAUACAGAUUCCUCACGAGAUAACUUUGAACGGCUUGUCCUCGGGCGAGGACAUACCGGCCCGGCCGACCAAGACACGAAUUCCUACGACGAUCUCGUUGCCGGAACGCCAGCCGCUCAAAAGCCUACUCCGCAGCCUGCAGCCGCAGCAACUCCCUGGCCAUCCAAUAUUGCUGGUACAAUUGGUAGAGCUGACACCCCUUCGAAGCGAUCCAAUUUUAAUGUGCGCUCUAUUACCCCGGACUACAACCUGAGCUCCUUUCCAUCCUUGGAGCCGGCCUCGUUCAAACAGAAAUCACCCAACCCACCGACUUUCCCUGUCUUGCAACCAUCCUCGUCUAAUUUAUGGAACAUCUCCCCUCCUCCUUCAAACAGCCAAUCUCCCAAUCAGAUGUCACCCUCCCUAGGCUCACUAGCUAGCAUGAAGACAGCCGGCAAUACCAUGGCCGGAACUAUCUCACAGCCUGUGGCCUCUAACUACUCUGCAUUCUCAAUUCCUCCACCGCCGUCAUCACAAACAACAUCUCCGUCAUUCACAAGUGGACUAGCAAAUCCCGGGAGACCCCCCUUCGGUAGGGGUACGCCAUCUAAUUCUUUCUUGCAAAACAGUACACCGCCAGCACAGGCGCCCCAAAGACAGGGGCUUGAAAAAUACGAAAGCUUGCUAUGA